UGUGUCUCUGCCCCUCCCACAAUGUGGAGAUUCCCGCAGUAGUUGUUGUCUCUGCCCCUCCCACAAUGCGGAGAUUUCCCGCAGUAGUUGUGUCUCUGCCCCUCCCACAAUGCGGAGAUUUCCCCCCAGUAGUUUGUGUCUCCGCCCCUCCCACAAUGGGGAGAUUUCCCCCCAGUAGUUUGUGUCUCCGCCCCUCCCACAAUGGGAGAUUUCCCGCAGUAGUUUUGUGUCUCUGCCCCUCCCACAAUGCGGAGAUUUCCCCCCAGUAGUUUGUGU